UGUGAUCCAUCCUCAUCCACAGAGAGAUCUUUUGCUCCAACGGACUCAUGGUGGAAGUGGCGCCCACCCGCCUUCCAGCGCGGCCGCGCACCAGGCCUGCAGCGGCCAAGGCGAAAACGACUCGGCCCAAAAAGAAGGCCCAGGGCUCGCUGGGUGCCAUCAGUGAAGCAGCCGAGUGGGCCGAGCAGUCCACGCUCGACACGUCCGGUGAGCCGUCCACGCUCACUGCGGAGGUGGACGCACUCUGGGCCGAGGCUGGCUUGGCCCCUCCGGAAGCCACUUCCCAUUCUGCGCGAGAAGGUACCCCAACCGCUGCCUCUGCCGCUGCAGCAGCGGUCGCAGCAGCUUGUGCCGCCCGGAAGGGUGGGCUUGGUGUAGCGGCUAGCCAGAAAGGCAGCGGCACAAGCUCUGGAGGAGCUGCGGAACCGCCCACCAGGAGCGCUGAACGGAGCCCUGAACGGAGCGCUCCUUCGGCCAAGAAGGAGUGCCUUCCCGCUGUGGAGAGCUCUGAGGGUGAGACCUCUGAAGAAGAGGUCGAAGUUCAGCACUUUUCCAUCCCACCGCGUUCGCCCAGGACGGAGGUCGAGAUCGAGGUGGAGCUCGAGGUGGAAGGCCUCGUUGAGGUCUCCGAGCGGAAGCCGUCUUCGGAACCGCGAACGGGCCGUCUCACGGCCCUGAAGGGCGUGGCGGCACCAGCUUCUCCCACGCGGGCACACAGAAUGGUGGCACGAGAUGAUCUCGUGGAAGAGGCUCUGAAAGCACGGAAACCUACCUCUGAGGAUUCGGAGGGUGUGCCGAAGUCCACAUUGAAGUCUUUGAAGGGACUGCAUGCCGCUGGCAGUGCUGCUGGCAGUGCUGCUGGUACAGCCACUGACAGUGCAGAAGUUGAGAUGGAGGAUGAAUGGGAAGAAAUCGGAAGGAGGACAGAAGAACUUGCUAAGCAGGCAAGGGAAGCAAAGGGCAAGGUCGCGCCAAAACAAGAUGUGCUCGGCCAGCCAGUGUCCUACAAGGAGGUCCAUGGCUGGCUUUGGCAGGAAUUUGGCACCGGCAAGACUGGUGAAGAUCAAGGUUCUGGCGAGGAGAGGAUGGGCAAGGACCUCCUCCUGCGCGUGAAAGGCACCAAGUUCGAUUUCAAUGACACCAUGCAUCACCGCAUGCUGCGGACCAUUUACUGCAAGCUGGCGAGGUGCAAGGUUUGUCCACGGACUGGCAGCCACUGGGAGGUCUUGGGCUUCCAAGGCAACGACCCCUUGACGGACCUGAAUCGUUCUGCCGGACUGCUCAACGUGCUGCAGAUGUUCUUCUUUUUUGCUCACUACUUCGAUCUCCUGAAGUCUGCCUAUCACUUGUCUCAGGAUGACGAGCAGAACUUUCCGCUUGCAGCCGUCGGCAUCAACAUCACCAAGAUUGUGAUGGACCAGUGGGCUGCUGGCCAUUUGGAGAGCCUGGAAGAUCGUUUCGGGGCGGUUCACGCCACAGCUCGUGCCUUUUCCGCAGGUCUCUACCACUUCUAUUUUCGGUGGCGAACGCAGAAGAGAACCAUCAGGGACAGCGAGUUGACCUUCAACGAGGUGAAGAGGCAUUUAAGCAGCCAACCUGUGGCGCUACUAGAAGAACUGGACAAGGCACAAAUGGCUCGGAAGCAGAAGGAAGACCUGGCGGAACAGGUGGACUUUACGGAUCUUGGCCAAGUAGCUGCGUGUUUCAUUCUGAAGCUUGGUUUCUUUGUGUGGUGAGUGCGUUUGGAAGAUGCACACACGGAGCUGGCUCCACAGCUGACUGAUUGAGGCAUCAACCAUCUAUACUACCUGGAUCUUCGGACUGCCAAAGUUCUGCCGAACUUGG